ACUUCCCUCGCCGCGGGGCCUGACGGGAGAAGCAGUUUCCCUAUCGGAGCUGAGCUGGGGAGGAGACGGAGAUUCGCCUUCGCCGGGAACUACGAGCUGCUGCACGUAUCCAAUAAUUUGGAGACCUUUAAGUGUCCAUCAUGGAUAGAUUUGUGAUACGAAAACCCAAAGCUCAAGAAAGCCCUAGGAAAAGAGAUCCAGGGGAAAAGGUUUACAAGCAAGCCACUAUAGAAUCUCUGAAGAGAGUGGUGGUUGUAGAAGACAUAAAAAGAUGGAAAUCUGUCCUGGAGCUUCCUGGCCAGUCUAAAGAGAAUUUGAUCGAAGCCUUGGAGGAAUUAAAGAAGAAAAUACCUUCUAAAGAUGUGUUACUUUCAACAAAAAUAGGUCACACGGUGAAUAAGAUGCGCAAACAUUCAGACCAUGACGUGGCCAAUCUCGCAAAAGAUGUUUACACUGCAUGGCGAACUUUCAUCAAAGAUUAUUCAAACAAACCAUCGAUAGAAGUCAGGAGCGAUCCCAAAACAGAGACUCUCAGGAAGAAUGCACGGAAGCUACUUUGCGAUGCUCUGGAACUAGAGAUUGAUCACCCACUGGCUGAAAAUAUUGAGCGAGAAGCUUUUCAUCUCUCUUCCCGUCUCAUUAAUGCACCAUAUCGCAGGACAGUGCGAGCCCUAGUCUUCACGUUAAAGCACAAACCUGAAACCCGCGCACAAGUCAAAACCGGUGCACUCUCAGUCAGUGCGCUUGUACAAAACCAUAAGAAGUGACUCAGAGUGCCUGGUGCUGAACGUGGGAUUCACGUGUCUGUGCCACAUAUUGGGAUUGAGAAGCCCUUGUGUUUUAAGAGUGCAGGAGCACUGGUCAUGUUAAUCACUCUGCCAUUGUAAGGACAGGAUAUAUCAGGAAGGUGUCCGGGGCAAAUUCAGUGGAGAUAUAAGCGGUGGUGUAAAUUAAUCAUCUGUGAGUCAGUGGACAUUUGAGGGAACAGAAUGGGUGGGGUUGUAGCAGGAAAAGCACAUAGGCCUCCCCUACUUUGCUUUAUGCCUUCUUAAUUACUUUUUUGCUUACUUGGUUAAUUUUCCUGCUACAAACCCACUCUUCUGGUCCCAUAGCAUGUAAGUUGUAUCAACUUGCACCGGCAGAACCACAUAUCACUUGCACCACCAUUUAUGUCACAUCUGAGGGCAAGUCUACACUACAGUGCUACAACAGCGCAGCUGCACCGAUGCAGCUUUGCUACUGUAGCACAUCUGGGAGAGCCCUCUCCCAUCGGCGUAAUUACUCCACCUCCGCAAGAGGCAGAAGCUAUGUUGGCGGGAGAGCGUCUCCCGUCAAUGUAGCGCCAGUGUGGACAGUGCUUAGGUCGCUGUAACUUGCAUCGCUCGAGUGUGUGUGUGUGUGUCUUUUUCACAUCCCUGAGCGAUGUAAGUUACAUCAACUUAAGCGGUAGUGUAGACCAGCCCUCAGCGUGACUCCUGUCUGAGCCAGGAGCAUAGUGGAACUAUCUGAAAGGAGCAAUGAUGUUCAGUGCCAGUCAGAAGGGAUGGGAGUUUACAAUCGGAAGUGAAGGUGAUGACUGACAGCUCUAGUUACCUCUAGUUCAGUCAUGUUCCCUGCAGUAAUACCCAGGUACUCCCAGAGCUAACUGCUUAGCAAAGUGAGGGGGCUUCUCUUCACUAUUCCAAAGUUGGGAACUCAGCCCACAGUCUGUGUUGGCUGGCCAGCUUUAUCCCGCUGCAUCCCAAAACGUCGUUUAUCCCAGCCUUGUGGAUGUCUCCCUAGGCCUUCAGGUAAACGAGGCGGCACCUGUAUUUGCUAUGUGACACCUCUUUGCUGUGUAUUCUACUGAGCAUCUCACCUUAAACAUCAACACCUCAUUUCUGAUGUAUUUAAGUGUGGUGCUUGUUUUUUGUGUGUACAAAUAUGAGGAAAGCUUGUAAUGAAAUCUCUAAGUAUAAUUCAAUGGGAGCGUAAAUUGACCUUUCAAAAAGGCUCUUACCCCCACAAUGGAAUAAAUAUUCAUACUUUAGAGCAAUUAUGUGAACAACUUUUUAAGCAAUAAACAGAUUAUUUUUAACCAG